AUGAGCCACUCAGUGAAACCCAGACUUACUAUUGGAGGGGUGAUACGGCAAAACAGGGUCAAGGUUAUCAGACCAGUCACUACCGAGCCCAUCAAGCUACUCACAACACCACAUAUCACGACCACCAUGCUACUCACACCCCAUAUCACGACCACCAUGCUACUCACAACACCACAUAUCACGACCACCAAGCUCCUCACACCACCACACAUCACAACCACCAUGCUACUCACACCCCAUAUCACGACCACCAUGCUACUCACAACACCACAUAUCACGACCACCAUGCUUUUCACACCACAUAUCACGACCACCAUGCUACUCACACCACCACAUAUCACGACCACCAUGCUACUCACACCCCAUAUCACGACCACCAUGCUACUCACAACACCACAUAUCACGACCACCAUGCUUUUCACACCCCAUAUCACGACCACCAUGCUACUCACACCACCACAUAUCACGACCACCAUGCUACUCACACCCCAUAUCACGACCACCAUGCUACUCACAACACCACAUAUCACGACCACCAUGCUUUUCACACCACAUAUCACGACCACCAUGCUACUCACAACACCACAUAUCACGAUAUCACGACCACCAUGCUACUCACAACACCACAUAUCACGACCACCAUGCUUUUCACACCACAUAUCAAAAUCACCAUGCUACUCACAACACCACAUAUCACGACCACCAUGCUACUCACAACACCACAUAUCACGACCACCAUGCUUUUCACACCACAUAUCAAAAUCACCAUGCUACUCACAACACCACAUAUCACGACCACCAUGCUACUCACAACACCACAUAUCACGACCACCAUGCUACUCACAACACCACAUAUCACGACCACCAUGCUACUCGCGACCACAAUGCUACUCACAACACCACAUAUCACGACCACCAUGCUACUACCCCCUCAUAUGGAUGUAG